UGUUAAAAAUUCCAAAAUUUUUCUUGCAUUUCUCGUUUUUGGAAUAGAAUAAUGUAAAUGUGACGAGUGCCGUGUCGAGUUAAAACGUUAAUAUUUAGCAUAAUAUAAAUAUUAAUAAUAACAAGUGAAAAUAUUUUGCGUCUUCAAAUUGGGUCAACAGUCGACUCACAUUGGUGUUUGUAGUGUAACGUCAAAUUAGAUUGUGAAAUCGGUAUUGCAUUUUCGCAUUAAAAAUAUUUACAAUGCCUGACGAGCGACCUGCGAACGGGAACAAUGAGGCCACUUCGCAGGCUCUUCAAGCGUCUGACGAAGAGAAUGUGAAAUCGUGCUGGGUAUGCUUCGCCACAGAAGCAGAUGACAAAUUGGCAGCAUGGGUCCAACCGUGCAAAUGUAUUGGCACCACGAAAUGGGUGCAUCAAAGUUGCUUACAACGGUGGGUAGACGAGAAACAGAGAGGGAACAUAAGCAGAAAAGUCCUCUGUCCGCAGUGUAAAGCUGAGUACAUAGUUGUGUUUCCCACGAUGGGUGCCUUCGUAGCAUUACUGGAUACACUGGAGGAGAUAACGCACAAAAUCAGUCCGUUCAUAGCGGGAGGAGUGCUGCUAGGAUCUAUAUAUUGGAUCGCAAUCACAUAUGGUGCUGUUACAGUUAUGCAGGUAGUCGGUCACCGCGAGGGUCUGGAGAUGAUGGAGUCGGCUGAUCCGUUAGUACUGCUGGUGCUGUUGCCCACCAUCCCGGUGGCCCUCAUCAGUGCCAAGAUGUACAGCUGGGAGGACGUGGUGCUGAUGAUGCUGAGGAAGUACUGCGCGAAGGUGCCCGCCCUAGCCUAUAUAUUGCCCUUCGGCAGUGUGGAAGGCGACAGGGGUGCCAUCGUCAGCGGUCAACCGACCAACUCCAACUCAAACGCCAACUCCCAUCUCUCUCCGACCAGAAUAUUCUGUUCAGCUCUCCUCCUCCCCACCAUUUCCACCAUCAUUGGCAAGAUCUUCUUCAGGUCCAUAAAGAACAACCUACACCGAACCAUCCUCGGAGGCUUAACGUACAUAACCAUCAAAGGAGCCCUGAAAAUCUACCACAAACAAAUGCUGUAUAUCCGGCACUCAAGCCGAAGAAUAUUGGACUACACGGAGUCCAAUCUGAAGUUGUACAGAAACGACACCGGCCCCAGCGAUCCCGAGCAAGUGAUUUAGGACUUUAUCGCCAUGCGAUAAGAGCUAUAUUUCAAUGACAUUUUCAUACGAGUGAAGUUGGUACGGUUGGUACGUUGAGCGCCCCUAGCGGUGGGUUUGUGAACUAAAUUUUGUAUGGAAAUGUAAUAGGGCUGUAACACGUUUUAUUAUUAAUUCAAUUUUAAUGUCUUCAAUUUUUAAUGCAAGUUAUUCUUGGCAGCUGUAGUGGUCUGGCGUUUCACCGAAUACGGUGUCUUUUAUUGUAUGUGUAAAGAAAUUGACGGCGCUUUAAGAGCAAUAGUUAAAGCUUAAAACAAUGUGCGAGUUCCGAAAUUCAACCCAGUAUACUUGGCGAGUGCUAAUGACGUUAUGUAUGCGACGCCAUAUUGUGCAGCAGGCUUAGCAUAACAACAUUAGAAACGGGAAAUAAUUGACAUAUUAACAGAUUUAAGUGACAAAAUGGCGGAUUUCCUUUGUCUAUUCUUCCGUAGAAAGAAAUCGCUUCUAUUUUGAACAUGCUAAGCCUGCUGGUGUGCCACAGUGUAGCGUGGAUUCUUAUAGUCGUGUAUAGUAUACUAUACUGGGUUAUAAUUCGAAACUUACCUACCUAGAAUUGUUAUAUUUCGAUGUUUUAGUUCUAUCUCAAAAGUCAAUUAAAAGUUCUACAUGUAUGCGCUAUGUAGUUUAAGUAUUUUUAUACUAAUUAGCUCACAUUUUUAGUAUAUUUAUUGCAAAAUCAUUUUACUUGUGUGUUUUUAGUCAAAAAUUAAAAAUAUUGACCAUGACAGUUUUGCAGUUCAGUAA